UGGUGGUUGGACUUGGCCGAAAAUGACGACGCUGGCGAAAGAUUAUUCCACGUCCUCUCAGAGAAAAGAGUAAUCUGGAGCGGUAAAACGAGGAUAGCAAUAGGGAGAGCUUUGGAAGACCUUCGAAGGUAUCAUUUUGACCCUGAUAGGGCCAUGCUCCUUCCAUCAAAGAAAAAGCGUGUCAUGGUCGAAGGCAGCACUGUUACUAAAGAAGACGAAGUGAUCCAGAAGACUGAAACCGUCGAAGACGAAGUUGAAGUAGUCGAAGACUGAUGCUGUUCUCAUUCUUAGUCGUAGUUUUUUCGUAAUGUGUCGUUUUUGUGGUGUUUUCAAUCCUGUAAUUGCUGCUGACUGUGCAUAUCAUUUCCAUGUCAUUGUAAACUCUACUCGAGAAGAUCAUGCGGUAUUUGUUAAUAAAUUUUAUGAC